GGUACUAGUAUCUCGCCAUCAUCCGUACUGUCACAAGUGAUAUUUCACCCCGACACGCUCCAGUCUAUCUAGCGACAUGUCUUCAGGGAUCCUUCACAUCACAGACUCGCGCACCGGCGUGCAAUAUGAUGUGCCCGUCCGGAGAAACGCCGUGUCCGCCCUGGACAUCAAGAAGAUCAAAGCCCCAGGAGAUGGCACGGACCGGGCUGACCAGGUCGCGAGUGGCCUGCGGGUGCACGAUCCGGGGCUGCAGAACACCACGGUCGUCGAAACCGCCAUAAGCUUCUCGGAUCAUGAGAGGGGCCUGCUGCUCUUCCGUGGCCACAGUCUGGAGCAGCUCUGGGACAGCGAUUUCGAAGACAUGCUGCAUCUCCUCGUCUGGGCCUCGUAUCCGACGGGGCUGCAAAGAGAUGUCCUGCGCCGUAGCUUGACGGAGGCUAUGCUGGCCGUGCCGGACACGGUGAAAAGGACAAUCCAAAGCCUUCCGGGCACGUCCUCGCCACUGUCCCUCAUCGUCGCGGGCCUCUCCGCAUAUCUCGCCAGCAACUCGGACCUGAUUCCCGCAUCCACCGAUGCGAAUCUGUACCGGGAUAGCACUGAGAACAGCGAUCGAGCCAUCGUCCAGACCGUGGCGGCCUACGCGGUGGUAUUCGGCCUGGUAAGUUGUCAUCGAAAGGGCGUGCAGUUCACCCCCCCGGCCGAGGGGAGGACCUACUUGGAGAACCUGUUCAUGAUGGCCGGCAUGGCCGAUCCCAAGACCGGCCGCCCUGAUCCUGUGCAGCUGUCGUGCUUCCGACGAUUUGCGAUGCUCAACGCGGACCACGGAAUGGCCCUGGCGGUGUUCUCAGCCCUGACGACAGCCUCAUCCCUCACCGAUCCCAUCUCCUGCCUGAUCGCCGCCGUCACGGCCGCUUGGGGGCCCCUCCACUUCGGCGCCACCGAGUCAGCCCAGCGGGUGUUAAGACAGAUCGGCCACCCGGCCAAGGUCCCAGAAUAUAUCGCCAGGGUCAAACAAGGCCGCGAGAAGCUGUUCGGGUACGGCCACCGCUCCUACAAGGGGAUCGACCCCCGGGUGCGACCUAUCCAGGCCAUCCUGACGGACCUGGACCUGACCUCGAACCGACUGCUGAAAGUAGCCGAGCACAUCGAGACGGUGGCAUCCACUGACGACUUCUUCCGGCGACGUGGCCUGCAUCCGAACGCUGACUUCUACGGAAACUUUGUCUUCACGGGCCUUGGCUUCGAGCCGGAGAUGAUCCCAGCGGCGAUGCUGGCGCAGCGAAUCAUGGGCAUCAUGGCACAUUGGCGGGAAUACAUGGCCCCAUCGUACAAUCCCACCAUCAUCAGCAUCAUCAGCAGCAUCAUCAUCAGCAUCAUGGCCAACCCAUCAUCCCAGUCCCCCACUGAAGCCACAGCUCUGCUCCCAUCCCAGCCAUACUCGGUCUUCACGACCAACCAGAAGCGUCUGAUCAUCCUGACGGCCGCCCUGGCAUCCAGCUUCUCGCCGUUGUCCGCCAACAUCUACUACCCAGCCCUGAAUUCCCUUGCCGCCGACCUGCACGUAAGCAACUCGCAGAUCAACCUCACCAUCACGACCUACAUGCUAUGUCAAGGCCUCGCCCCGGCCUUCAUGGGCACCUUCGCCGACCAGGCGGGCCGUCGACCAGCCUACAUCGUCUGUUUCGCGAUCUACCUCGUCGGCAACGUCGCCCUGGCCCUGCAACACAGCUACGCCGCGCUGCUGGUCCUGCGCGCGAUCCAAAGCUGCGGGAGCAGCGGCACGGUCGCUCUGGCGUCCGCCGUGGCCGCCGACGUGAUCACCUCCGCGGAACGGGGCUCCUACAUGGCCAUCACCUCGCUGGGGAUCAUCCUGGCCCCGUCGCUGGGCCCCCUGCUCGGGGGCCUGCUCAGCCAAGACACGACAAAGCUUACCCUCCCCAACCCCCUCUCCACCCUCCGUCUGCUCUUCCAUCGCCCCACCGGCCUCCUCCUGCUCGCCAACGGCAUCAUCUUCGCCAGCUACUACGCCGUGACGGCGGGCAUCCCGUCCCAAUUCCAGCAGAUCUACCACCUCAACGACCUCGCCAUCGGCCUGGUCUUCAUCCCAGCGGGGAUCGGCUCUCUCCUGAGCACGACCUUCAACGGUCUGGUGGUCGACUGGAACUACCGGCGUCUGAAACGCCACGCCGGGAUCCCCGUCGAGCGGACCCGGAAACAAGCCCCCGACCACGACCAUGGGACGUUCCCGAUUGAGAGGGCCAGGUUGCAGGUUGGGGGGCCGAUGACGAUCCUAGCAAGCCUCACCAUCCUCCUCUACGGCCCGAUCAUCGACGCCCAUCCGCCUCUGCCUCUCGCGCUGGCCCUGAUCUUCACGAUCUGCUUCGCCAUCACAGCAGCAUACAACAUCCUCAACGUGCUGAUCGUGGACCUGCACUACUCAACCCCGGCCACCGCGAUGGCGGCGAAUAACCUCGUGCGGUGCUUUCUGGGCGCGGCGGCGACGGGGGCAGUGCACCCGAUGAUCCUGGCCUGGGGGAACGGGGCGACCUAUGUAAUGUUCUAUCCACUGCUGCUCCUGCUCGUCGUGUUCCCCCUUCUGGUCCCUGCGCAGAUCGACCUGCCGACCUUUGACCAGACCCUGUAUCUGAAGUACCCCAAUACCCCGUGGGUGAAUCCGGGAGAUGAUCUUUUGAUGUCUGAAACCCACCCCCUCCCCUACCUAAGCACGCACAACCUCUCCCAAAACACCACCUACCUCCUCCUCUUCCUGGACCUGGACGUAAUCUACGGCCAAUCCUCCACCCAUCCCCAGCCCUCCAAGCCCCACACGCAAACCCUACCACCACGAAAACCAAAACCAACACCAAUAUCAACAUCAACUCCAACUCCAACUCCAACUUCCCCUCCCACCCCUCCCCCCUCCCAUCUAACCCCCAAACCCAGACCCUCCCCCUCCCCAAACGCAAGCUACAUCGCCCCGCGCCCCCCACCGGCCUCCCACCACCGCUACGUCUACCUGCUGUUCGAGCAGCCCGACACCUAUGUCUUCCCGACGUGCUUCAACCAUAUCUUCCCCCCGACGGCGGAGGCCAGGGCCGGGUUUGAUACGAGGCAGUUUGUCGAGGUUGCGCGGUUGGGCGGCCCGGUGGCGGGGAAUUGGUUUUAUGUGGUGAAUGAUCAGGUGGGUUCUGGGGGUGGGGGUGGGGGUGGAUUUAUGGGUGGGAUGGGGGUGGAGAUGGGGGUGGAGGGGAGUGAUGAAAGGGAAAGGGAGAGAGAAAGAGAAAGACCGGGAGUGAGACCGGGAAUGGGACCGGGAAUGGCGACCUCUCGGCCGGGGUUUACCACCACCACCACCUUCCCCGACAGCAACAACAGCAACAACAACAGCACCAGAACAGAAACAGAAACAGAAACACAGCGGACAAGUCCGACGACAACUUCACUCUGGAGUGCCCCAUGCACUCCUGCCAACAUCAUCAUCAUCACCCCCCCCAGCAGACCAUCUCGGAACAGGCACAUUCCCGGGUAG